AUGGACAAAGAGAUGCACACGGCGACAAACUACUAUUUGUUUAAUUUAGCCGUUUCAGAUCUGAUUGUAACUUUGACCUUAUUCCUGGGUGCCCUUGACUCCUUCGAGUACGGACAUUGGUCGUGCAAGGUGAACAUUUUUUUCACAUUAGUCUUGUGGAAUAACAGCGUGCUGACGAUAACAGUUUUGUCGGUGGAACGCUAUGUCGCGAUCUGGUAUCCUCUGAGGCAGAAGUCGCUUUCGGUAUGGCGGAGGGUUUUAAAGAUAAUUACCGGCAUCUGGAUAAUGGCGGUUGUUGUGACAAUCCCGGAUAUUUGGUCGGUGAACAUUGUGAAAACGAGCCACUCCUUAUUUUGCUCGAUCGUUCCCACGCCAGUGGCGAGGGUUAUCAACGGCGUGAUGGGCAUCGUGACCUUCGCAGUCCCGUUAAUGAUCAUGACCGUCGUCUACAUAAUGAUUGCUAUCAAAGUGAACGUCGCCCAGAGCUCGAAGUCCGGUAGCAAGGUGUUCAACCAUCGUGACGAUGGCAGGAGAGUAAAUAAACUCGUUAUAGCGUUGACGUUGUCGUUCAUCUUAUGCUGGCUGCCUUAUUUUGUGAUACGGAUCCUGAUCUUUGCCCUAGAAAUAUACCAGCUGUUGGCUUUAGUAAAGUGGUGGAGUUUAUUACAACGGCUAAUGAUACUAAAUAGCUCCUUCAGUUUGGUAUUAAAUCCGAUACUCUUCAGUUUGAUUUCCACGAAGUUCAAAGAAUCUUUAAUGAAAUUGUGGGCGACGAAAAUCAAACGGCGUAAAAUAAUUAUCACAAUUGUU